UAUUCGCCCCCCUAUAUUUUCCCUAUCCCAUACACUAUUUUGUAAUCCUUCGACAACAGAUAAUUGAUCAUGUAUAUAUUCAUUCGGUGAAACCGUUAUGUGUGUGUCUAUAUAUACAUAAAAGAAGAGAAGGUGACGAGUGAUGGCGCCGAGGGAGAAAGCGGUUGCGGCAGAGAAAGUGGGUGGUGGGAUAAAAGAGGUGCAUUUUCGUGGGGUGAGGAAAAGACCGUGGGGAAGAUAUGCGGCGGAGAUAAGGGAUCCUGGGAAAAAGAGUCGCGUGUGGCUGGGUACCUUUGACACGGCGGAGGAGGCUGCCAGAGCCUACGACACCGCCGCUAGGCGAUUCCGUGGCGCCAAGGCAAAGACCAAUUUUCCCUCUCUGGAUCUGAACACGAAUGCUGAGAAUCUCAAGAAAAGCAACGAUCUUUUUGUUAGCAAGAAAAAUAUCCAGAGCCGGAGUCCUAGCCAGAGCAGCACCGUCGAAUCAGCCGGCAAUGAUAACUCGCUGACGGUGAUUAACUCCUCUCCUGUCGACCUCACUUUGGGUGGAUCCAAAAGGUUUCCAUUCCAGAACCACCAUUAUUUUCGCCCUACACCAAUUCCCGGACAACUCGCCGGAAGGUUCGUCAGAAAUUUGCCUGUGCAAUCCCAGAUGCUCUAUCUUGAUGCCUUGUCAAAGCAAGAAAUCGUCAACCGCAUCAAUGAUCACAGGCUUGUGACUCUGGAUUUCCUUAAGAGCGGCAACGCCGCUGGAUCCGAGAGUGAAUCCGACUCAGCUGCUCUUGUCGACUUGAAACCCAACAAUGGUCUUCGUCUGGAUCUCAACCUCCCACCGCCACCUGAGAAUAACUAACUACGGUCCCGGAACUGAUUCUCUUUUUGUUUACUUACGUACCUUUUUCCGUUUUAUGUUUGUUUUUGCUGAAAAAUUAUGGACAAAAAAAGACACAAAACGAGUAGAUGACUAGAAGAUUGAUGCUUCUAGUGAAAUUAAAUAUAUUUUUGUUUGCAGCAGCUAAGAAAAAUCAAUAGGUUUUCUGCUUGUUGUUCUUUAACUGGUGGCUUCUCCUGUUUCAGAUCGUGUAAUUCUGUAUUUUCUUAGCUUACAUAGAAUACAUGCUAUUUUAUUACUCACUUUAA